AUGGGCGAAGAGGGCAGGGGUGUGGUAGAACCCUUCGACCUGCUGCGCCUCUCGCUUGCCGAGCGCGUCUUUGUCAAGCUGCGCGGCGACCGCGAGCUGCGCGGCACGCUGCACGCCUACGACGGACACAUGAAUCUCAUCAUGGGCGACGUUGAGGAGAGCACGUACGUCGUCGACGUCGACGAGUCGGGCGAGGUGGGCAGCGGCGUGCGCGUGGUCAAGCGGCAGUCGGAGAUGAUGUUCGUGCGCGGCGACGGUGUGAUCCUGGUGUCGCCACCGGCACGGACAUGA